CUAAACCUUGGCAGCAGCCGGAGAGAAAACUAAAUAUGAUUUUCCUGUGUAGACAGAUCUUUGUAAGAUUCUCCAUCAAAAAGUAGUCUUGCAUGUAACCAAUUGGAGAACCACGUUAAAUAUCUGUGUUUUUCUUUCUAUUCAUCUAAUUUGUUAAUCUGUUUCUUCUCAUGUCCAUCACAACAGAUGCUUACAAAUUUUGAUUUUGGGAUCUAUUUUUCAGAGUAUGGUAUAAACAUUCAAGCAGUUUUUGUGUCGAAAGCAGCAGGAGAAACAUUCAAGAAGUACGCUGGUUUGGUGGAAACAAGAUUCAUGCUGGUCCCUCGUUUGGAGGACUCAUGGUGGUGUUUGUUCGGGAGCACAGCAUUGGUCGUAUCACUGAUCAUGUUUUUUGUUCUAACCAUUAGUCUCUUCAUCUAUAGGCGUUGCACAUCACGUAGAAACAAUACAUCCCAGUUCCAUGGGAUGAGCCGUAGGAUGGUGAAAGCAAUGCCGAGUGUUACUUUCACUUCUGUACGUGGAUACAUCACAACUGCUUUGUCUUGCGCUAUUUGCCUCGAAGACUACAUUGUUGGGGAAAAGCUUAGAGUCUUACCUUGCUGUCACAAGUUUCAUGCCACUUGUGUAGACUUGUGGCUUACAUCAUGGAGAACGUUUUGCCCAGUGUGUAAACAGGAUGCAAGAAUAAGCACGGACAAGCCAUCAGCUUCAGAGAGCACGUCGCUCCUUGCAGGAUCAUCUUUAGUGCAUAUAAACCCUCCUCCUGUGGGAUCCUCAAUUUUGCACACGAUCUCGUCCUACAAUCAACAAUCUUUUGGGUCUGCCUCUGAUGUAAGCUGGCCAUCGCCAAUAAAUGUCAGCCAUAUAUCUGCCGAUUUCGGGCAACAAGCAGCCUCUCCGUUGCGGUCUUCAUCGCAAAGAUUAUACACCACCUGUAUAGGCUCGUUGGACUCACCAUUUUACUCAAACAUAUCAUCUCUCAACAAGAUGAUGCUACCAUAUCAGACUAGCCCAAGCAAUGCGUCCCCUGGGUUUGUGCAGGCAACAAGUCAUCGGUUCAAUUAUUUGCUUUGUAGGGAAUCAGAAGGUUCAUCAUCUCAUUUCGCCUCUACACACUCGGUUGAAGAAUGUUAGACCAAAGAUUCAGGCAGACACCAUGGAUUCUUCUGCUUUUAGUGUUCUGUCUACACAUCAAAUUCUUGUAAAGCUAUCUAUUAGUCAAUAAAGAUCGAUGAUAUGUAUAUUACCUCUCUGUCCAAUGUUGGUUUCAUUCUUAUACUUGUUCUUGAUUUUAAAUAUAAUGUCAAUUUUUCAUUCGAAUAUUAUACUAUAGUGAUCUUA